AUGGGUUCUUUGUCUGGAAUUUUCCACCGCCCCGUAGUAGCAGCAGCCGCCGUUGCCGUCGCCUCUGUUUCCACCGACAGAUUACCUUCUCUGAAACCGACGCACGACUCCUCUGCUGAAUUGCAUUCCUCGCCGCUUUCUGAUUCCAGCUUCUCAUGGGCUUCUUCUCGUGCUUCCUUGUCCAAGCUAGCCGAUUUCAACUUCGUCAGCAGAAUUCGUGUUCCAAUCCCUAACGUCAACCUGCUCGCCCCUGUUUCGACCCCAGUCUUACCUUCCAUUAAUGCUGCCACAUCAAUAGCUUUGUCGGUGGCUGCCUCGCCUCUCCUUGCCGAUUUGUACAACUCUGCGCAGCUGGCGAAAGGGCCUACGCAUUCUGCACCUAUGAUCACCUUGGCUUCUUCAACCCCUGAUGUUUUGUACCGGUGGCACCUGCCAAACCCUAAUGCCAUUGAUGUCAAUGGCUCUUCGGAUUGCUCGUCCGCGAAGUCUAGGACCGUUGUAGUUUUGCUGGGAUGGUUGGGAUCGAAGCAGAGGCAUCUGAAGAAGUAUGCUGAGUGGUAUACCUCAAUGGGAUUCCAUGCCAUUACAUUCACAUUCCCCAUGUCUGAGGUUCUCAGCUAUCAGGUAGGGGGUAAAGCUGAGCAGGAUGUGGAGUUGCUAGUCAACCACCUUGCCGAUUGGUUGGACGACGAGCCUGGGAAGAAUAAGGAGAAGAAGAACGUUGUUUUCCAUACUUUCAGCAAUACAGGAUGGUUGACUUAUGGAGCUAUAUUGGAGAAGUUUCGAGAGCAAGAUCCUAGCUUAGUGGAAAGGAUUAGGGCAUGUGUUGUGGAUUCUGCACCAGUUGCAGCUCCUGACCCACAGGUAUGGGCUUCGGGAUUCUGUGCUGCAUUUCUGAAGAAGAACAGUGUGGCUACGAAAGGGCAUGCGAUUUCGGAUGUGGAGCUUAGAGUUGGCACUGUGAAAUCGCUCAACCAGCCAGCAAAGCCUGCACUAACUGAAGCAGCUCUGCAAGUGGUUCUGGAAAAGUUCUUUGGUGUGGUUCUGAAUCUUCCUACAGUGAACAAGAGACUCUCUGAUAUACUGAGUGUGCUAUCUUCGGACCAACCAAGGUGUCCACAGCUGUACAUUUACAGCUCAGCAGACAGAGUGAUCCCUGCUGGAUCGGUGGAAUCAUUCAUAGAGAAGCAGAAGAAGGCUGGGCACGAGGUUAGAGCGUGCAACUUUGUGUCGACGCCUCAUGUUGAUCAUUUCAGGAGUGACCCGAAAUUGUAUACUAGUCAGCUCGCCCAGUUCAUUGACGAUUGUGUGAUUAGAUGCUGCAACCAUUCUUGA